AUGUGGGGAAACCUCGGCGGAAACCUUGGCGGACUGGCCAAACUGGGGGAGAACCUUGGGGAGGCGAUCCAGAAGGUCAAGAACGAGGUGGAGCUGUGGGAUGAGUCGGUCAGGCGCGGGAUGGACAUGGCGUCGAGCACAGCCAAGGCCGUGGAGAGCUCGCCUGUGAAGCGGGGUGAGGACCGCCGUGCGGGGACAGGACAUGACAAGAUGAGAAGCAUUCCAAGAGAAGCUCCAAAGCCCAAUGCACACUUGCUGGACGGCGCUAAUCCUGGGGAGAACGUGGAGGCCCCGCGCAGCCACUUGGGAACAGCACACAGUCAAGCCCAGCCAGAUUCCGGGUCUGACAGGGGAGAGAGGACAAUUGCAGAGCCGGGCAGUGUUUGUUCAACAGAGAAUGGCAAGCCUGUUCCUGCUGACAAGGCUACCAAACUCUCCCAGCUCACCCAGAGCAGUGCUAGCUCUGAGCAAGCGGAUAACGUUGAAAGCACUGCUGCUUCUGUCGAUGCUGUCUCGUCGAUGCAGCAACAAUCAACAAACGCAACCAACGGUGAAGCAGCAUUGCCAGUGAACGACGGUUCAUCAGGACCUGGCAGCAGCACAGGUGACCAAGAGCCCUCUCCAAAGAGGGCAGAGGCAUUCGCGGAACGAGAGGUGGCAAACCCUGAUUGUGAGUCGCCUGCAGAAUUUGGGGGUGGCGACCCAGCAUGUGCCCCCCCAUCUGCUGGUGAGUCCGAAGGGAAUCCUGCUACCUCGACUGCACCGGGCAUCACAAGCAAUGGCACGCUCUCAGAUGCAGCACAGGAAGAAACUGCUGAAGCGUGUGUGGAUGUGGAUCCUCCUGCCGACGGGGCCUCAGGGGAUGUUCUGGAUGCAGAAAUAUGUAUUGGGAACGAUGCUGAGGGAAGGGCAGAUGGUGAGAGCGGAUCAGGCAAUGCUGGUGCCAAGUCUGUAGAUGCUGCUGAGACUGAAGCUGUGGCUGCCAAAAUCCGUGCUCUACAGGCCACCCUGGCAGCCCGUGAAGACCAGUUGGAGCGCCAGGCCCAGCAGAUGGCGCACAUGCGAGAGGCCCAGGCACAGCUGCAGGCACAGAAUGAGGAACUGGAGUUGCAUGCAAAAGAACUCGAGGAUGACAGUCUCCAGAAAGAGUUUGAGCAGAGGCUCGGAGCUGCGGAACGCAAGGUCUAUGCACUCACGAAGGAAAGGGAUGCCCUUAAACGUGGGUCUGGAAAGCUCACAAGCGCGAACGAGCUCUUGAAAGAAAAGGAUGACAUAAUUCAGCAGGUAAUGGAGGAAGGUGAGAAGCUGUCCAAAAAGCAACUUGAGCUUGAGAGUGCACUGAAGAAACGAAGUGCUCGAGUUCGAGAGCUUGAGGCACUGCACGAAAAGCUCAAGGUCCAGCUGUCAAGUGAAGCAGCUCGUUAUGAACAAGCCCUCAUGGAGAAAUCGGAUCUUGCUAGAAAUUUGCAGCACACGGAGGAGAUGCACAAGGCUGACCUUGGCGUGUUGAAGUCCAAGUACCAGACCAUGUUGAACGAGGCACACGAGGCUCAGGCUGCUGCAGAGUCUUCUGCCCGGGCAGCUGCCCAGGAAGGUGCCUCUCACAAACUGCGCGAAGCGGAAGCCCAAGUGCAGACACUCUCAGAGACAACAACAGAGCUGAGGACUGCACUGAACAGGCUACAAAUGGAGGCAGAGCUGAAGGAGCACAGAUUGAAGGAGGAGAUAAGCAUGCUGGAGUGCCGGUGCCAAGGGGCAGAGACACGGCAUGAGGAGCUUGCUGCAAAGUUCCCUGCCGCCACUCAGCCACUACUGCGCGAAAUCGAGGCUGCUCGUACAGAUGCUGAGACGCAGGCAAAGGUGUGGGCAGAAUCAGAGCGAUCAUUGAUGGAGCAGCUUGAUCAAGCAGAGGCACAAGCAGCCCUUGCGAUGGAGAGAGAGAAAUUGGCUUCAGAGAGAGUGCAGUCGCUCCGGCAAGGCCUGUCAUCAAUGGAAACCUCUCAUGAAGACCAGAAGAGGACCAUUGAUUCGAUGACUCACCGAAUUGACGAGCUUCAGCAACAAAAGACUGCUGCAGAGUCAGAGGUGCACAGCCUUUCUGAAAAGGUGGAGGACUUGCAAGAACAGAUGUCUAAGAGAAGACAAGAUGCAAAGGAGGCUGUGGACAAGUUGAAGUCUGAGUUUGCAGCAGAGCAUGCAGCCCGCGCUGCUGCGGAACAAGCUCAAAUGGACAGCGCUGAGAGACUGAAGGAGGCGCAAGGGCAGGUAGCAAAGCUGCAGGCCGAAGUGGAAAGGUGCAAGACUCAGGGGAAUAGCAGUGGCGAUCUUGCGGGAGAUGCUGGAUCUGCAGGCAGUGCACCUUCCCAGAAGGGUCAGGGAGUUUCUGAUGGUCCUGCACGUCAAAUACCUUCUUCCAGCAGCCUGAGUUCCAACGGGGAGAGGGCCUCACGAUUGCCCAAAGAAUAUGGGCUUGAGACACUGGCCCAGCAACUGCGAUCGGCAGAGGCAACAAGAGACAGGCUCGCAGAGGAGCUGGUGAGGGAGUCCCAGCGGGCAGAAAGUGCCACCUCUGCACUGAUCGACUUGGAGCGGCUCAAGGAGCAGCACAGGGACCUUGAGAGCCGGUAUGCCGCAGCAGUCGAGCUCCUCGGCGAGCGGGAGGAGCAGCUGGAGGAACUGAGGGCCGACCUGCAGGAUGUGAAGGAACUGUACAAGGAGCAGAUAGCCUUCCUGACUGAGCAGGCAGCAAUGGCAGAGGGCCACACCUAG